CGCUCAGGAGCUGUUUCGCCAGUUUUUAUUAAUAAAAACAAAAUACGUCAAUACAUGCAUGUAUUGCACAAGAUAACGAAAGAACAAAUACUUUUGCUAAAAGCAGUAUCUAGUGCACAUUGUUAAAUUUACAAAUGUUUAUAGAUUAAAGCUAUAACUUCCGCUUUUAUGGAAGUAUGGGUAAGUUCCAAAAUGGCGCAGGAGAUCUUGAAUUCAGAAUAAAUAAAAUUUACUAUGGACCAGGACAUAUAUAAGAUGGCACAGCGCUAUCAGAACCCAGACCUUAAUGCUUACUUGUCAGAGCAGGCUCUGACACAAGGAUUUAGUCUUGGGGGAACAUUUCCAGGACCUGGUGCACUGAGUCAGACCUCUCCGAGGACAUUCAGCUCUCUCCCUGCAGGGUAUGGACAACAUUUGUCUGAAUCCCAACUACAGUCUAUAGCUCAGAACACUUACAAAGGGCUGCCUGUUACCCAGACAACGUUCACAGAUCCCUACGCCAGCCUGAGACUCGCCACGCAGUCAAGUAAUGCACAGUAUUCUAAACCAUUGUUCAGUCAGGAUGUCAGUCUGUCCUCAAGUAUUGAGCAGCAGAAAUGGAGUCUGCCAACGUUCCUUUCUCAAAACCCAAACAUGAUUAUGAACUCAAAUUCUGUUGAGAUGCCUUCAGAGUUUCAAAGCUUGUCCGGUCAAGCCAUGUUAAAUCCACCCCCUGCUCACAUUCCAAAAACUUCAACCCUCAGUCAGCGCCUACAUUUCAGUGGGCCAGAUAUGUUUGUGAGGACAAGUAAAUCGCCUCCUGUUCAACUGCAGUAUGAUCACCGACAAUCAGGGACAGCCGUAUCCUUACAAGCCUUGUCAUACCACUAUCAGCAGCCAGUGUACCAGCACAAGGAGACCUUGUUGGACAACAGUCUCAAUUACGAGGCCGUCAGUCCAGCAACGACUCCUGAUCUUCAGCUGCAGGCUUCACAGCAUCAACAUCAGCAGCCUGGUGAGACCUAUAUGUCUCUCCAGGACCUUGCUUCCAUCAGCUCAACCCAGCAGAAGCUAGAUGUGAACCACUCGCCCCAGCAGCAGGGCAUUCAGAAGCGUCCCUCGCCCAUUGUACCAGAUAGGCAAAACAAGAUGCAUCAUAAAAUGCAGAAGCAGUCUAUGUCUCAGCAGGAGAUGUUUAAUGGGUCAGGUAUGCACCACAGUCCUCAGCAGUCACCAGUCAAUAUAGGAAGCCCACAUUUACAGAUGAGCAGCCCCUCCGUGUCCAUUCCAAAUUCAUCAAUCAGUCAAGCGCCACCACCUACUGUGCAAGCACCUGCUGAUUCAACAACGAAACCAAAGAAACCCCGACCAAGGAAGAAAAAGGAACCACCUCCUAAUGAAAGUAAAUCAGAUGGUAAUGAUCAAAUGUUUGGUCAACAGGCAAUGCUUAGUUCUCCAGAAUUAUCCCAAAGAGGAAAUGGAAAUGACUGUAUUGCAAAUCAGACUUACUUACACAAUCGUGCUCAACUGCCGCAGCAACACCAGUCGUACAGUACUGGCACUUUAAAUAAUACUGCUCAAAAUUCACCCUUACUUACAGGGCCAUUAGGUCAGCCAUAUAAAGCGCAACAGCAGCAUGUGUUAAAUUAUGCAAAAAAUGUGCCUUCCUCACCCCAUAUGGGUAACUCUAACUUAAUAAGACAACAAACUCAAACGUCCCCCUUAUUAAGUGACUAUCAAGAUACACAGGGCAGUUCUCAGAGCCAUACACUAUCUGAUGCAUUAAAAAUGAGCCAUGAGGCUGUGUAUCCUGGUCAGGGGCUCAUGUUUGAAAGUAUUAAUCCAUACGAAUCCUUUUCAAACCAGCUAGGAAUCGAAAGCAUGAAGCAUGAGAUGUACAACAGUGAAGAAAGCCAGUUCACACAAUAUGGGCAGUACGUGAGUCCAAACAAUGUGUUGGACAUGCAGAAUGUAUCCCUACAGUCUUCAACAAUUGACCAGGAUGCAUUUUCUAAUUUAAUGAGUGAUCAUUUUGAACGGGAGGCCUUGCAACAAAAGAGACAAUCAGAAGACAAACAGAGUUAUUACCCUUUAGAUGUUGCACAAGAUGAUGAGUUCUCACAUCUAGCAGAACCUGUUGUCGAGAAAAAAGACUGCAAAUCUCACAACCCAGUUCAAGGGUACGGCUCUGCUAAUACCAGCCAACCAGCCCCGCCCCCACCCGCUGCCCCUAAACCUAUGGUAGGCAACCCGGGGUCAUCCUUCAUGGAAUCUUUCCUCAGUUUUAUUCAGGGAAAGAAGCCGGAGACUUUGUCUAGCAUGAGUAGUGCCAUAAUUCAAAACAAACCUCAGCUACCAAAGUAUAUUCCUGAGCCCCCAAGGCCAAAACGUGUAGAGCCCCCUCAACUUCCCCUUCCUAGUGCUAAAUCAACCAAGAAUUGUGAUAACAAGAGUAAAGAUUCUUCUGUGACAUUUUCUGAUAGCGAUGACACUGAUGAAAGUCAGAGUUCUAAGGCAGUGCAAAAAGCUAUUUCUUCAUUGAACAAUGAUAAUGUGAAGAUCAGCACAAACAAAACUGGUGGUUUGACGAUGAAAAUAAAUCUAAAUAGUGUUAAAAAGGCGGAGGAAAAUGCCAAAAAGGCCCGACAGAAGAGGCCAAAAAAGCCUGCUAAGGAGAAGAAAUUCGGUCUCACUGAAGAUAUCAGGCAGGGAAACAAUGAAGAAGCAAGUAUUACUGAUGUACUACCAGCCAGGGAGUUGGCACACAGAAAAGCCAAGGAAGUUAAAGCUAAGUAUGUGAUUGACGAUGACAGUGAUUCGGACACGUUAAAGCCCAUCCGCAAACCAGGGGAGGAGAGUGACUCGGAGGCUUAUGACUCUGAUCGCGACCCUGUAUGGACGCCAUCUGCAGGCGACAAGAAACCAUCGGCCUUUGAAAAUAUUGAGUUUGAUGCCAAACGAAAGCGAUCCAAAGGAAGAGUUAAAAGUCAUUCCAGCAAGAGGGCGAGGGUAGGUGAGGGUAUGCAGACAGCAGCGGUCCACGAUGUGGUUGAGCUGGACAGUGGCAGCGAGGAGGAGCAGCUGGAGGGGGUACCACCCAUCACUGAGGACCUCAAGGUGGGUGAGUUUGUAAUGGAGAAGAAGGACCUGACCAACACUGAGAGCUUUCCCAUCUGGAAGAUUGAGAACGGCCGCAUGCUGCACAAGUUUGAGCUCGUCACAGAGAAUUCCAGGAUUCUGCACAGAUCCAUACCCACUUUUUCCAGCUGGCUGCCAAGCAUGCGUAAUGGUUUCCGGCACAUCAAGGUGCGCCACAUCUCACUCAGCGGGGACAAGGAGUGUGUGGAGGUCCUAGAGGACUACAGACCUAAACCCAACAUCGACAGCCAGAAGAAGGAUAAGUAUGAGGAGCACCCACUAGUAGGUCCUUUUAACGUGUACCUGCAGAUCUUCCUCAGUCAGGCCCUUGAACCAGGCUUCCUCCGCGCAAUCACCAAUGAGCAAUUCUACUUGGAUGCACUCCAGAAGAUAGACUCUGCAGUCACAGAGAGGCUGAAUGACAUGGACAGUAAAGUGCGAUGGAAAGAAAGGUUCAAGGAUGCAAUAAGGUCAAGGCCACACAUCAGGGAGUUGGACAGACCCAAUCUUAAACAGUCCUGCCAGGCCUGUGAAUUUGCAAGUCAGCCGGCCAUAAAAUCUGUGCAUUUAUUUGGAAAUCCAUAUGAUCGUUUUACAUUGGCAGACCUUCAACCAGAUGGACCAAACACGCCCAUGGAGUUCAUGAUUGGGAAGACUGCAGCUAAGUUUGUGAUGCCAUACCACAAUCUGUACCACUACAAGUACAACCUCUUCAAACGUUGUCAGGCAAAGGUGAAGAUUCUUCAGGACAGUCACACUGGUGACAAUGCUGUGAUCCUGGACCAGUGCCUACAGAACCGUAUAUGGGUGCUACAACUCUUUGGUGAUCUGAAGCAACUUCUAGAAAAUGGCUGACACCUGAAAGAAACAAAAAUGACAGCUUCAGUGUCAUCAGUUGGUAGCCGCUCAAAUGUGUUCACCACAUGUCAAGAUAUAUGCCACUUUCAGUAGUGCAUGUCUUGGUCUCUUGUUUAAGUCUCAUUUAUGUAGUUUCAAUCUUAAGGGGUGUGAUUUUUUUUCUGCUUUUCGCCGAUUGCCUCCCUUUCAAAGUCUGACUCAUUUUACAAAUUACAAUACACUUUGCUGGUGCUGGAUAUACAUGCAAAUGAAGAGUAAAGUUUAACCCUCUGAAAGGGGUAGAGAAUUUUCCUCCCCUGAGGUGGUUCUUACAUCACACCCCUGAAUCUUCCAUGUGCUAUGCAUGAGCUUGAUUUACCCAUCUCUUGAAUAUCACUUACAAUAUAUUUACACCUUGCAACAUAUUUUACUUACAAUUCAUUAAGUAACUUUUUACCUGCUGAACAUGUACAAGUUAUGGCAAUAAUAAUUCAUAUAUGAUAUUCAUGUGUCAAUUUUUGUCUGAAUUUGUGUUUGAUGAUCAAAGUGAGUAAUAAAGGUUUUAGAGAAUGAAAACUAUAAAAACCAGUAUCAGCUUUCUUGGAUUUCACUGUACUGCUUGCCUUUGUGGUAUGCGAUUUCAGAUAUUCAAUAUUUAUUACAUAAAUGUGUACAUAUAGCAGUUUGUGAUUUUUUCUCCUUUCAACUGAUUUUCUCUGUUUAAUGUCAAAAUAGUUAUUAAUUUUGCUGGACUCAAAUGCAAAUGAGUUCAGUUGAACCUUGUAAGGGGGUUGGGGGUAGGGCAUUGUUCUUAGGUGGCUCUUUAAUCACAAUCCUAAUAUAGGUGUUCAAUCUGAAAAAAUAUUAAGUGCAGAGCAGUUCUGUUGCCAAAAAUAUGCAUUUUGCAAAUUGAGAAGGAAAACUGUAAAAACAAAAGAAGCCCGUGCAAUCAACUUGAUAGUGUACUCGUGCCUUAUAACAAUUAGUGUGUGGUGUAUAAAUUUGUUUUCUUAAAACAUAAAAGAUGGCUUCUUAAUGGCGCAGCCACGAGUGAAAAUAUGUAUUUUUUGUGACCACGAGUCAAUUAAAAUCAAUAUUCCAUCGAAUCCAAUAAAUUUUCUUUUUAUUUUAUGCUUUUUUCACUGAUUUUUUAUAUUUACAUUGUAAAUUAGUUAAACUAGAUAAUUUCGCUGGAUUUAUGACGUCCUUGUCCAAAAAAUGACGUCAUUUCACAGUGAAAAAUAUCGAUAUUUUUCACUGCUUUUUUUCACUGUUCAAAACAGUGAAAUACCAGUUUCAUUUCACUGAUAUUUCUCUAUAGGCCAGCGGAAAGCAUAAAAUAAAUAGUUAAUAUAUAUUUCUAUUUAGGCUUUAACUGCCUAUGAUAUUUAUAGAAUAUUGUCAUUAAUUUUCUGAUAUGCAGAUUAAUUAAACUUUGUUUGCUUUUAAAGACUGCCAAAGAAACCUUUGUUUUGAUUUUUUAUUUAAAUGAUGGUUGUUUAAUAUGCAGAAAAUUUUCCUGUCUUAAGUUCUUAACAGGAGCUUUGUAACCCUUUUUUGUAUGCUACUCCCUACUGUUCAGUAUAAUUUAUUAGCUCGGUUGUUUUCGGAGAAAACCCAAUGUAUUGUCAUAGCCAGCUCGUCGUUGUCGUGUCGUCCGACUGCGUCAUGCUAAAACCUUCAAAAUUUUGCUCUACAAUCAAAGUGCUUCCACCUACAACUUUGAAACUUCAUAUGUAGAUGCACCUUGAUGAGUUCUACACGCCACACCCAUUUUUGGGUCACUAGGUCAAAGGUCAAGAUCACUGUGACCUCUAAAAAAAAAUCUGACAAGCUUUCGCAGCCGAGCGUGGCACCCUUUAUGCGGUGCUCUUGUUUUAAUAUUUGUUAUUUCAUUUCGUCAUCAAGGUAUUAUUAUUAAAGUUCUUCCACAAUUUUGCCAACAAGGCCAAGUUAAGAAUGUAUAUUUAAUGUUGAAAUCUCAUUAGUUGUCAACCAGAGAGCUUUACCUGGACAGUUAUUGAAAAUUGUUUUAGAAUUAAGACCUAUCCAAAUAAUAUAAAUCAACAUAUAUUGUUGAAUAUUGUUAGUUAUUUGUUUAUAGUUUAUUACAACAAAAUAGUUGGAUGUUAAAUGUUAGUUUUCGUUAGUUGUUUAUUUAUUCUCUCUUGAAUGCAUAUGUUUGUGUUGUUUUUUACAAGCCCAUUUUAAAAAAGGGUCAUAUAACGGGAACAUAUUAGGGGAGCGGUGUCCAGAAGAACGAUGUCCGCUCAAUACCUCAAAAAGUCGUCUUACAUGCAGACCUUACUUAAGAUUGCACAUAAAUUAUGUUAAUUAAAUAGUUGUGUUAAACAUGGAAUAUCUUGUUUAAUGGGAUUGCUGUGUUUCUUGUUGUAUCUUUUAUUUUGUGUGACAUCAUAACAAAUAUUAUUACAUCCUAUACAUAUCAAUUUAACCCAGACCUUUAACCAGGCGUAUUUUGAGACAUGUUGAAACCUGUGUUAUUUUUUGCUUUUAUUUUCUCAGCCUUUAGAAAGCCAUAUUGCGUUGUUAAAUGUUAGUGCUGGUUUCUAUGUUUCUUUUUUUUUAAAUAAAAAUUUUAAACUUCACCUUGUCUUUGAAAGAUACAAGUUUGCUAGUUGAAUUCAUAAUCCAACAAUGCAUCAUUUUUUUUCAUUAGUUGUGAUCUCAAAAUUUUGAAAAUGUAAAUGACAUGUUUCGCAUUUUUAUAUUCUGACGAUAUUCGCUACAUGUAUAUAUUCCUUAUAAUUGUACAUACAAUAUUCAUAUUGUUCAUAAUCCAAAUAAUUAGGUUUAAGUUAUUUUUCUAGUCUUUCUCUUUAUCUAUGUGAUUGUUGAUAGUUUAGACUGGUCUUUUGUUUUGUUUCUUCAUUUCUGUAAAACGUUAAUAAUUAUGGAAAAACAAACUUUUAAUAGACUGAAACUUGUAGUCUGUAUGCUGUUUUUUAAUGAACUGCAUCAUUGUUUUGUUUUUAGAUGUUCAAUUUAAUUAUACAGAAUCAAUUAUUUAAAAAAUACAUAAAUAAAGAAAGUCCUUGCAAUCUAUUAUGUUUUUUAUAAGUUCAUCCUCGCAUUUGUUAAGAAUCCUGCAUUGUUAUUGUAAAAUUUUCACAUUUUUAUGCCCCCCUUCGAAGAAGAGGGGGUAUAUUGCUUUGCUCAUGUCAGUCGGUCGGUCGGUAGGUCGGUCGGUCCGUAUACCAGGUGGUUGUCAGACGAUAACUCAAGAACGCUUGGGCCUAGGAUCAUGAAACUUCAUAGGUACAUUGAUCAUGACUUGCAGAUGACCCCUAUUGAUUUUGAGGUCACAAGGUCAAAGGUCAAGGUCACGGUGACCCGAAAUAGUAAAAUGGUUUCCGGAUGAUAACUCAAGAACGCUUAAGCCUAGGAUCAUGAAACUUCAUGGGUAGGUUGAUUAUGACUCACAGAUGACCCCUAUUGAUUUUGAGGUCAUUAGGUCAAAGGUCAAGGUCACGGUGACCCGAAAUAGUAAAAUGGUUUCCAGAUGAUAACUCAAGAACGGAUGCGCCUAGGAUCAUGAAACUUCAUGGGUAGAUUGAUCAUGACUGGCAGAUGACCCCUAUUGAUUUUGAGGUCACUAGGUCAAAGGUCAAGGUCACGGUGACCCGAAAUAGUCAAAUGAUUUUCGGAUGAUAAUUCAAGAACGCUUAUGCCUAGGAUCAUGAAACUUCAUAGGCAGAUUGAUCAUGACACGCAGAUGACCCCUAUUGAUUUUCAGGUCACUAGGUCAAAGGUCAAGGUCACGGUGACCCGAAAUAGUAAAAUGAUUUUCGGAUGAUAACUCAAGAACGCAUAUGCCUAGGAUCAUGAAACUUCAUAGGUAGACUGAUCAUGACUCGCAGAUGACCCCUAUUGAUUUUGAGGUCACAAGGUCAAGGUCACGGUGACCCGAAAUAGUCAAAUGAUUUUCGGAUGAUAACUCAAGAACGCUUUUGCCUAGGAUCAUGACACUUCAUAUGUACAUUGAUCAUGACUCACAGAUGACCCCUAUUGAUUUUCAGGUCACUAGGUCAAAGGUCAAGGUCACAGUGACAAAAAACGUAUUCACACAAUGGCUGCCAGUACAACGGACAGCCCAUAUGGGGGGCAUGCAUGUUUUACAAACAGCCCUUGUUUAAAUUUAAUUAAUGGUUCAUGUUGGUGUGUUUGGUUUGUAACAAAUCAUGUUAAAUGUUUUAACACUUGUUAAAAUUCAGGUUUUUAACUAUGAAAGAUAUUCUCUUGUCUGUUGCCAUUAAACCAGUUGUUUAUUUUGUAACAUGUUGUUGAGGGAUUUUUUAUGCUCCCUGAAAUAAAAUUUCGGCGGAGCAUAUAGCUGCCAGUUUGUCCUUCCUUACUAACUUCCUUCUGUCACACUUUUGCUACCGUUUCUUAUAGCGCCUUCAAUACUUUACCAAUCUCUUUCAUAUUUUGCAUGUAUGUACCUUGCAUGGACCUCUACCUUUGGAUGAGGUUUGAGGUCACUGGGGUCAGGGUCAAGGUCACCGAGGCUAAUAAUUGAUUUUUUUAGGUGUUUAUUAACACAUGCAUUGACAAAGCCCAUCAUCGGGGAUCAUCCGUCAGUUUCACUGAUAUUCUGGUUUUUCUUUUAAAUCGUUUUGAUUGUUAUUGCUUAUACAACUACAUGACUUGUAUAUGUAUUGCAAGUAUUUGCUAAUUGCAGACACUUCUUUUUCUGUCCCAUUUGUGAAUUGUACAAACCACUUUUCAUUUGAUAUUUUAAUAUAAAUCAAUAAUAUGUAAUGUAAUUGCUUACUCUGGACAAGGUCAUUGAUGUUUUGUUGUCCAAAAUACAGCUUUUGAACACAAUAUAUUCCCUAAUAAACAUAAAACAAAAAUCAAUCCCUACCUCUUCUGAGCUCAAUGUGCAUGUUUGGUCAUCAUUUGCUUUGUGAACACUCUAGAGACAGCAUUAAUUACCAAUAUUUAUCUAACAUGGUAAGAACAUCCGUAUGAUAUCUUUGCAAUGUUCUAAACUUGGCUGUACAGUGUCAGGAGCAAUUGUUAAAUUACAUGACAAAGCUUGUAGACAUACUACAGGCCACAUUAAUUGUACAAUAUUUCAAACUUUGUUUGAACACUUGUCAUGUGAGGACAAAAACUUUGUCACAUGGUUUAUCUAAAGAUUAUGGGUGGGAACACUAGGGGCCACAUGUAUUGCCCAACUGUAACAUAAGUAACUCAAAUAUUAUAUUGGCUGAGUGUGAAACUGGGUCACAUGUUGUUAUAAACUAGCCCACAGUGUUUAAUUAAAGAAAAAGCUUGUGAACAUUCUAAAAACUGCAUUUACAGUUAUAUCCCCAUGAAACUUUUUGAGAAUAUUUGUGGUAAUAAUUUCAGAAAUUCAGUAAGUUGUUCAAAACUGGGUCAUUGUUUAUCAAAAAACAAUGUCAUCAUAAAGAAAGAGCUUAAGAACACUACAUGUUGUUUAUUUUUGCGCAGUUUUCAUAUAUAUUUCUCAGAAAUAUGUUCCAAUGUUUUGCCUUGACAAGUGAGAUAUGACUCCUGUCCAUCGAAAACACACUGGCUACAUGACGUAGGGCUGUUUUUCUUCUGUGGCGAUAGUAAAAUAAUUUGUACAGCUAGAAGUCACAUUUUUUACCCACUCGUCAAGAAAAUUGCGCAGAACUUGAGUUAGGAGAUAUGGUGUUUACAUGCAGACCAAGCUUUGGAUCACUCAAAUCAAUAACUAAAACAUUUGAAACCUGUUAAAAAGCGACAUUGCAAAGUUGUGGGGCUUUGUUUUUCUUAAACUUCAAAAGGUUUUGCUGGGUGUUUAGCUUACUAUAUUUUAUUGUUACAACUUUGGGUUUAUUUCACAUAUUCUUGUGAAAUGUGACUGGUUGGUUCUGUUUAUUUCCUAUUUGUUAAAUAAAUAUUUAUACCUUCUAUUAUUUUACUAUCCAACACAUAUGUGCUUUCACUUUAGUCAAUAAAAAUACAUGUACAUUGUAGUAUGGGAAUCAGUUCAAACAUACAUUUUGAAUUAACAUUUCUCUCCAAGGCUAUUGGGAUGUUAGCUAAGUAAUUUAGAAUUGCUAGUAUUGCAUUUUAUGGUAUUUAACCAGUUCAUGGUAUUCAGUUUUUGUUGUUCAUUUUUUAAUGAAAAAUUCCCAAGCCAAGAUUUGUUAAAAAUGUUGAAUAUUAUAUAAUUUAUAUUUGUAAAUAGCCCAAUACCUGCUGCUUGUGGACAGCCCAUAGCAAAUAUUAGCAAGUUUAGUUACAAAAUUGUAGAAAUAUACUGUUGGGGAAUACAAUGCAUUUUUGAACUGUACAUAUGCUUUAUAUAAUUCUGUACAUUCAUUUCUCUGUGAUGCAUUACCCAAUGAAAUAAAUGUACUUUUUAUAUUCA